ACACAAACUAUGAGGGAGCAAUACUCUGAACGUCCAUAUCGGAGUGAACGAGAACGUGGGGGCUUCACAAUGGCGCACGGUCCGUGUCCAUGGGUCCUGCUAUUAGUACUACUGGCGGUGCUAGUCUUAGCCAUUGUCGCCUUCGCAACACCUAAUUGGGCCUAUAUUUCGUUAACUGGCAACAAUGUCGCCUUUACGUUUGGCUUUUUCGAUGUCUGCCGAUCUAGCACCUGUGCGACAUAUCUGAGCUUCUUUCAACUGGAAAGAUACAGCGGAGAGAUGGUUGGCUGUAUCCUGUUCAUGCUGUUGGCGAUUCUCAGUUUCACAUUUGCGCUGUUCUUCUGCUUUUCGUCUGUUUGUGUGGAUGUCCUACGCGACUGUUGUCGAAACGGAUGUGGCACCGAUAAACAAAAGAUCAUGGCAUGCGCAGUUUUCACUUUAAUCGGAGGUUUCAGCGAACUAGUUACCGUCAUUUGGUUCGCCGUCAACACUAUCCAGCACCAUAAUGCUAUCAACACCUUUCGGUACUUGGUGUCUUCAACAAGGGCCGAGUACUCACUCAUCCUUGCCUCUGUAAGUGGUGGGGUCGCUAUUGUCGUUGCCUUCCUCCUGUUUUUAUACCGAUAUAUGAUGUAUGACGACGAUGACGAAUAUUACGAUGAUUAUCCGAAGAAACCUGUGAGGCGCUCCCCUGAACCAGCACGUCGCUAUCAGCCACCUCCUCCGCCACCUGCUCCUCGCCCUCAACUUAAAAUGGGAUCUUCUUACAUUAUGCCCGAUCCAAUCCGACUACCAGACCAGCCAAUAAGUGCGGCACCUCAGGAGUACAGACAGAAGUAUGGCAACCAGGCUCCUCAGGUAUUUAGGUAUACUUUCAAAAACGAUAACGACUUCUGGCGUUACGAAUCGGACCGGAAGGACACCCAACAAGACAGCUAUCGGUUCUACAAUGGGGACCGCGGAAACCGCUACUAG